AAACAAACAAGAGCGAGUCACUUCAGGUUUGGAUUGGCCCACACUUCCCAGGUUAAUGAGCCCCCCGUGAGCCAGGUGAGGAGCCAAGGGGUGCCACAGGGAGCCACUGGGCAUACACGUGCAGCCACCCACAGGAGGAACACCCGCCCUUACUUCUCCUGUCCACCCACCCACUCACCCACCCACACCACCCAGCCAUUCAUCCACCCAUCAGCAAGCCAGUCUGUGAAGUGGUGAGGUGACGCCAACCAGCCUUCCCCAGCCGGUCAGCCAAUCAGCCAAACUGUCAGCCACCUUCCAGCCCAGCUCAGACCCCCCCUUCCCCCACACUACCAUGGCUCAUAGUGUGGCUAACGGACUGGCUGCAGACUCACCUGAUGAUGAGUUCAGGUUUUCAUCCGAUUUGAGUUUGGAGGACAUAAGGACAGAGCAGCACAGGUUUUGCCAAGAGAGGGACUGGCUGCAGUUUCAUCCGCCUCGCAAUGUCCUCCUGGCCAUGGUGGGGGAGGUGGGGGAGCUGUCGGAGUUGUUCCAGUGGCGUGGGGAGGUUUCCCGCGGCCUCCCGGAGUUCUCGGCCCAUGACAAGAUGCGCGUUGGGGAGGAACUGAGCGACGUGUUAAUCUAUCUGGUGGACUUGGCCGAGCAGUGCCGGAUUGACCUUCCCUCAGCCGUACGGGACAAGAUGCAGAAAAACGCACUCAAAUACCCAGCCCAUAAAGUGUCCGGCCGCAGCGACAAGUACACCUGCUACCUAGAGGAGGGGGUGGAUGGGGGUGUGGUUGGGGGGGAGGCAGUGAAGAGCGGGGCGGUUCAUGAGAGGCAGAGGGAGGAAGGGGACGGGAGCGAGUGA